GUUUUUCAUUAUCAAAUGUGAACCACUCGAAAGAUAAUAACAUUUGUAUAUUGAUAAAUAUGAAUUUGUAUGUUCGAAUGACAUAACAAUUGGGUGCAACAAUGACACGGAACCAUUACCUGUGUGUGUUUUUAUACGUUUAUUCCAUAGAAUGUGCCAAAAUUCUGGGAGUAUUUCCGGUACCCUCAAUCAGCCAUCAAAUAGUUUUUCAACCAAUCUGGAAAGAAUUAUCCUUGAGAGGACACGAGGUCACCGUUAUAACGCCAAAUCCUCUCAGGGAUGCGUUGUUAUCGAACUUGACAGAAAUAGAUGUCAGCUCCAGUGCGAAGAGAGCCAUGGAUAACAGCAACAUCAUGAAGAAUCUGGAUAUAACAAAAUCAGUGUUUUCAAGAAUUAUGUUUGGUAAUCACCUUCUUGAUGCUUUAGUCAAAGAAGAACUCGAGCAAGAAGAAGUUUCAGAGUUGAUCAAGAGUGAUGAAACAUUCGACUUGAUAAUUCUACAAGUGUUCGCUAUGCAGCCUGUUGUUUAUGGUUUUGGUGCUAGAUUUGGAUCGCCAAUUAUCAUUGGUAUAUCUACCCUUGAGGUAUUCUUGCACACCCAUGAUACCUUCGGCAACCCUACUCACGCUCUGGUCACCCCCGAUAUGAUGCUUGGUUUCAAGGGUGAUCUAACAUUCGCGAACAAGGUGGAGAGUCUACUAUUCAACAUCUGGUAUCGAAUGCUAUACUACUGGUACGCUUUACCUAAUGCAGAUAAAGUCGCAAGAAAAUAUUUUGGUGAAGACAUUCCGUAUCUAGGAGAUAUCGAGAGAAAUACUAGUUUGCUGUUGGUGAACUUGAAUCCCAUAAUGCACGGUGUCAGGCCAAAUGUGCCCAAUGUCAUAGAAAUCAACCAGAUCCAUAUUAAGAAGAAGAAGCCGCUGCCUGGGGAUAUUCAGAAGUAUUUGGAUUCCUCUCCCCAAGGUAUAGUUUACUUCAGUUUGGGUUCCAACGUCAAAAGCGCAAACCUAACUGAAUCUACAAGGGAUGUUAUAAUUCGAGCUAUGGCAGAGCUGCCUUAUAAGGUCCUCUGGAAAUGGGAAAACGAUUAUUUGCCAGGAAAACCGGACAAUGUUAUGAUAAGGAAAUGGCUUCCUCAGCAAGAUGUCUUAGGGCACCCUCAUAUAAAAGUUUUUGUUACUCAAGGGGGUCUGCAAUCGAUUGAAGAAUCCAUCACCAACGGAGUACCAAUGAUCGGAUUACCAUUCAUGUCUGACCAGCCGACAAAUGUCAAAAGGAUUACCGAGUUGGGGAUGGGUCUAGGAUUAGAUUAUCGAACUAUGAACAAAGAACAGUUGAGGGAUGCUAUCAUUGAAGUAGCAGAAAACAAAAAAUACAAGGAUCAAGUCAAUAAUUCCAGAAUGAUAUUAGUUGAUCAACCAAUGAAAGGAGUCGAGAAAGCAGUUUGGUGGAUCGAGUAUGUGCUCAGACACAAAGGUGCUAAGCAUCUUCGUAGCGCAGCAGCCGACAUGUCUUUCUACGAGUAUUUCAUGAUUGAUGUAAUUUGUUUUCUAUUAGUCUGCGUUUCUUUUUCAAUUUAUGCUACUAUCAGAGUAUAUUGUUUGGUCGUGUGGUCAGUAAGGAAACCUAGAAGUAAGGUGAAGUCGAAUUGAAUGUUAUUAUCAAUUUUUAUUACAAUAACUAUAGUAAACAGCUUAUGCAAUAUACGGUGUUUAGCUAGCAAUAGUUGAUAACAAUUAUUCACCAGCCAAGCGAACAAUGAUCAAUAAUUUUUCAGAACGAAUAAAUCGAACUCUAUUCUACAAUUGUCAUCACUUCUCCAAUAAUCAUGAUCAAUAUUUGUUGGAGACUGAGUCCCUUCAUCAUUCGAAUAUAAGACCUCAAUAGUUCACCACUGUUGAAUUUAUUUUCUCUGUACUUGAUGAUAUGAUUGUAUUCCAUUUAUUUUUUCAACUGUGUCUGUAAACAGUUUUCGAGUUCUGCUGU